CCGCCGGCUGAGGACGGGGCUGCGCCGCGCCGGGGGUUCCGGGAGCUCCCUGGCCGCCUGCAGCCGCCCCCCCUCCAGUCUCUUUUCGGUGCCCCCGCCGGCAGCCUCCAGGGUACCCCUUGCCCUGCUGCCCUUCGUCCCCUUCCUUCUGCCGGGGCCCCCUCCAGGCGUGCGGCCGCCCCCCCCCGCCCGGCCCCCUCCGCGCGUCCCGCCGCGGCCGGGCUGGGUUCGGCCCCGCAGCCGCUGCCCGCCCGGGCCUUCCCCUCCUCCGGCUUCACCCGCGGGGAUGCGGCCGGUCCGAUCCCCCCCGUUUGACCUCUUCUGGCUGCUCUGCAGGAACCGACCUCCUGGAGUUCAACCCCGGCUUCGCACCCCGGCCUUGGUACCCGGUUCCGUCUGAGGCGGGCAGCAGGCCGGGAGGGCGGCCACCUGCUCCGGCCCGGCGGUCCCUGCCUUGUUUCGAAGCCAGCAUGGCCCCGCUGGCCCCCUUGGCCUCGGCCGCUGCUGGGGAGAGGUAGCGGCGGUGCGGGUGGCCCCAGGAUGGCGAUGGAAGAAGGUGAAGCGUGAGACCGGACCGGACCGGACCUUGGGUCCCCUCCUCCUGUCCUUUCCCGUCCCUUUCCUUCACCCCGAGGAGCGUGUGGAGCCGGCCAGGCCCCGAGCUGCCCCUGCUUGGCCUUGCAGCUGACAUGGUUCCAGCCGAGUUGAUCCUGCUAGACUUCAGCGGUACUUGAAGCCAAAUACGUGGCUCUUUGGCCUUUGCUAACUCAAUGCUAUGCAAAAGAAAAGGAGGAGGAAAAAAAAGGAAACCUUGACACUGGUUGCAGUGGGAAUGGCUUUUUCCUGCCCUGGGUGAGCCUGCAUGUGGUUUCUGGGUUUGUUGAGAUGAACUGAUUCUCCUUCAGCUGGUGGAAGACACACUGCAUAUGGCAACCUGAAACUUUGGUAAUGUUUGGUCAUUGCUAAAAGCAGUUGGAACUUUUAAUUAUUUUUUUUUUCUUAAUUUUUAUUUUUUAAAUUUUGGCAUUAAGUGACCUAAAGGAGCCUUGUUUCCAUCUUCAGAAUCAUUGAAGGAACCUGUGCUUGUCUUAAUUACCGCCUCAAGUGACUUUAUCACGCAGUGAGUACAACCACCUAAAGCAACCUUCUCCUUCCAAGCACCUUCCCAGCCUGGAAGAUCAGGGAUCACAGACUUCGAAAACUUCUCGUCCUGGGAAAGGCUGCCCAUAGUUACUUUAUGGGGCAGCAGCCUGGAAAAGUUCUUGGGGACCAAAGGAGGCCAAGUCUGCCUGCCCUGCACUUUAUCAAAGGAGCAGGGAAGAAGGAGUCAUCAAGGCAUGGGGGCCCACCCUGUAAUGUCUUCGUUGAACAUGAAGCCCUCCAGAGACCAGUAGUAUCAGACUUUGAGCCCCAGGGUCUGAGUGAAGCAGCUCGCUGGAACUCCAAGGAAAACCUUCUGUCCUGUCCUAGUGAAAAUGACCCCCACCUCUUUGUUGCACUGUACGAUUUUGUGGCAAGUGGGGACAACACUCUCAGCAUCACUAAAGGUGAAAAGCUCCGUGUCCUGGGCUACAAUCACAACGGGGAAUGGUGCGAGGCUCAAACGAAGAACGGACAAGGCUGGGUGCCCAGCAACUACAUCACUCCAGUGAAUAGUUUGGAAAAACAUUCCUGGUAUCAUGGACCAGUGUCUCGGAAUGCUGCUGAGUACCUGCUGAGCAGUGGGAUCAAUGGCAGCUUUCUUGUACGAGAGAGUGAGAGCAGCCCAGGACAGAGAUCUAUUUCCCUGCGAUACGAAGGAAGGGUGUACCACUACAGAAUAAACACUGCAUCUGAUGGAAAGCUGUAUGUUUCUUCAGAGAGCCGUUUCAACACCUUGGCAGAGCUGGUCCAUCACCAUUCCACAGUUGCAGAUGGACUCAUCACCACCUUGCACUACCCGGCCCCCAAACGCAACAAACCCACCAUCUAUGGAGUCUCCCCCAACUAUGACAAAUGGGAAAUAGAGAGAACUGACAUCACCAUGAAACACAAACUUGGUGGAGGGCAGUAUGGAGAGGUGUAUGAAGGGGUCUGGAAGAAGUACAACCUCACAGUGGCUGUGAAGACACUAAAGGAGGAUACCAUGGAAGUGGAAGAGUUCUUGAAAGAAGCUGCAGUAAUGAAGGAGAUCAAGCAUCCCAACUUGGUGCAAUUAUUAGGGGUGUGCACACGGGAGCCUCCUUUCUACAUCAUCACGGAAUUCAUGACCUAUGGGAAUUUGUUGGAUUAUCUCCGGGAAUGCAACCGCCAGGAGGUGAAUGCUGUGGUGCUGCUCUACAUGGCAACUCAGAUCUCCUCAGCCAUGGAGUACCUGGAGAAGAAAAACUUCAUUCACAGGGACCUCGCUGCCAGAAACUGCCUUGUAGGGGAGAACCACUUGGUGAAGGUGGCAGACUUUGGCCUCAGCAGGCUGAUGACAGGUGACACAUACACUGCCCAUGCUGGAGCUAAAUUCCCCAUCAAGUGGACUGCACCAGAGAGCCUGGCCUACAACAAGUUCUCCAUUAAAUCUGAUGUCUGGGCCUUUGGUGUUCUGCUGUGGGAAAUUGCAACCUAUGGCAUGUCCCCUUACCCUGGGAUUGACCUGUCUCAAGUCUAUGAGCUGCUGGAGAAAGACUACCGCAUGGAGCGCCCCGAAGGCUGUCCUGAGAAAGUUUAUGAGCUCAUGAGAGCCUGCUGGCAGUGGAGCCCUUCUGAUAGACCCUCCUUUGCUGAGAUCCACCAAGCCUUUGAAACCAUGUUUCAGGAAUCCAGCAUUUCAGAUGAGGUGGAGAAGGAAUUGGGAAAGAAAGGCAUGAGGAGUGUAGUGAGCAAUUUCCUCCAGGCCCCAGAGUUACCAACCAAAACACGAACAUCAAGGAGAACUGCUGAAAGCAAAGAUGCCAACGAGAGCUUGGAGACUGCACAUGCUCGAGGCCAGGGGGAAUGUGACCCUCUGGAUCAUGAACCUGCUGUCUCUCCCUUGCUCCCACGGAAGGAGAGGGUGGCCCUGGAAAGCAGUUUGAACGAAGAUGAGAGGCUGCUUCCAAAAGACAAGAAGCACAACCUCUUCAGUGCCCUGAUAAAGAAGAAGAAGAAGACUGCCCCUACCCCUCCAAAACGGAGCAGCUCCUUCAGAGAGAUGGAUGGGCACUCGGACCGCAGGGCGGGUGGGGAGGAGGAGUCCAGGGAUGCUGGCAAUGGAGCUUUCAUUGCACCCCCAGCAGAUGGAGUUGACCCCUCCAAGUUUCAGAGCCCAAGCAACGGGGCUGGUGUCACCAACGGGGUUGUCACUGGGAACUCUGGGUUUUUAUCUCCCCACUUACGGAAGAAAUCCAGCACGAUGAGCAGCAGCCGGGGGGUGGCGGGUGAGGAGGAGAACAGCUCCAACUCCAGCAAACGUUUCUUGAGAUCCUGCUCAGCCUCCUGUGUGCCCCACGGAGCAAAGGACACGGAGUGGAAAUCUGUGACUCUGCCUCGGGAUUUGCAGUCCACAGGACGCCAGUUUGAUUCCUCCACUUUUGGGGGACACAAAAGUGAAAAGCCAGCACUGCCUCGGAAACGGGCAAACGAGGCCAAGAGUGACAUUGCUGUCAAGGGAACAGUGACCCCUCCUCCACGGCUGCUUAAGAAAAAUGAAGAGACCACUGAUGAAGUGUUCAAAGAUGCAGAGUCGAGCCCUGGCUCCAGCCCUCCCACUCUGACCCCAAAACUUGGCCGUAGGCAACCUGCUGCCCCUCCUUCCUCCAGCGUGCUCCACAAGGACGAUGGGGUCAAAUCCAGUGCCUUAGGUACCCCUGUGACAAUGGACCAAGGGUCCACUGUCAAACCUGCUGGGUUUGUGGGUGCCAGCAAGGCUGCUUCUGAGGAGCCACGACUGAGGAGGCUCAAGCAGACCUCGGAGUUGGCAGGGAAGGACAAAGGGAAGUUAUCAAAGCUGAAACCAGCCCCUCCACUUCCACUGUCAUCCUCCUCCAUUGGCAAAUCUGGGAAAGUGUCCCACAGUCCCAGCCAUGAAGCAGCAGCAGAUGUGGUGUCUGGGCCGAAAUCCAAACAGUUGACUCAGGUUGGAGAUGCUGCGAGCAGUGAUGCUGUCAAGCCAAACCAGUCAGGGGAAGGUGUGAAAAAGCUGGGGAUCCCUUCUGUACCAAAGCCACAGUCCUCUGCAAAGCUGCUGAUGAGCACAGCAACCCCAGCUGCCACCUCCUCAGCUCUCCCCUCUGCCCCAGGUGGGGAACAACCAUCAUCUACAGCCUUCAUCCCUCUCAUUUCCACCAGAGUCUCCCUACGGAAGACCAGGCAGCCCCCGGAGAGGAUUGCCAGUGGCACCAUCACCAAAGGGGUGGUGUUGGAAAGCACUGAGGCUCUGCGUCUUGCCAUCAGCAAGAACUCUGAACAAAUGGCAAGCCACAGUGCUGUCUUGGAGGCUGGCAAGAACCUCUACACCUUCUGCGUGAGCUACGUGGACUCCAUCCAGCAGAUGAGGAACAAAUUUGCUUUUCGGGAGGCCAUCAAUAAGCUGGAGAACAACCUCCGGGAGCUUCAGAUCUGCCCAGCAACAGCUGGCAGUGGUCCUGCAGCCACCCAGGACUUUAGCAAACUUCUCAGUUCAGUGAAAGAAAUCAGUGACAUUGUUCAGAGGUAGCAGGGAGCCAGGUGAAAAAGAAAUUAAAAAAAAAAAAAAAAAAAAAAACGGAAAAACAACACCACAAAAGAGGAAAAAAAAAAAAAACCACAAUAAAAAAACAGCAACAAAAGAAAAACCCAAUGGGCCAAAGCCAGCUGUGGAGAGGGUAAUGUGUGUGGACUGACAAAAGGAACAGGGUGGUGAGGUGAGGUGAGGGCUGUGCAGAAGACACAGACUGUGAAUGGCUGCCCCAGCUCCAGAGGGCAGAACUGUCUUCAAGAGGCACUUCCCAUCCUCUUAACUCAGCUUCCCUGUGUUCCAUGUGCUCACAAUCGUCCUUAUCUGUGGAGUUCUUGCCUUGUGGACUACAAGUCUAAGUGCUGAUGUCACACCAUGCCUUUUUAUUAAUAUUUUAUUUGUUCUGGACAGAGCAUUAAGACUGAAGCCAGACUGAUGGACACUGAGAUGCCAUCCUCCUCAGGAGGACUUUCUACUGCAAUUUUGUUCCCUCCCUCUGCCCCCCUGUACACAAGGAUGAGUGUUUGAAUAGCAAUAUACCCACUGCAUGUCUUGGGAGAGCUGCAGCACCUAUCCCUGGCUUGAGCCUGACAGUGACCUGGCAUGAAUCCAACAGAUUGAGCUUUUGGGAGGGAAGGGGGGAAAAGUGUUAAUGUAAGAGGGCGUUUUGGUCUGUUUUGUUGUUUUUUUGUUUUUUUGUUUUUUCCUUUAAUGACAGAAUGCUACAAGUGAUGUUUACCCAAAUUCUUCCUCCAGUUCCACUCGGUGCCCUUCAUUUCUGUGUUCUCAGCAGUUUCUGAAGUCUUGCUGAGCCCAAAUGAGUUGCUUUGGGUUGAAAAUGUUGCAGCCAGUGCCUGCUAACAUCCUGGCACAGGAGCCUCUUUGCAGAUCUCCCUUGGUAGUGGAGAAGGACUUGGGGAAGGUCUUAAAAAGGACAUUGCUAUCUCACUCUUGAGCUCUCUAACAUUCAUCAGGCUGGUGGUUGGGGUGCAGAGCAGGGCAGGGAGCAGUUGGCUGGUGACUGCUCCCUAAAGGGUCACAGGCUGGGGGGGAAACAGCUUAGGAUGGAGCCCCCUGUGCCUCCAGCAGUCGUUUCAUCUGAGCUUACACAUUGCAGGUGGAUGAGAAUGGCUCUUGCUGCAGUUGAAUUUCCAGACUUGCUUUGUUGGGUGAGCAGAGGUGGGACCUGGCUUCUCUGCUGCCCUGGGGGACCUCCCUCUCCUUGCCAGUGCUGACUCCUCAUGAAGAACUCAAAUGCCAGUAACUUGGGGUUAAAACCAUCACUACCUUCAUGUGCUUCCAUCCAGCAUCACAAAAGGAUCUGUGAAGACUGCAGACACUUUUCUCUUGGGUGCAGCUCUCAAGGGAAGUGCCACAAAAUGCUGACAGCAGGACUCCUGGGCUUCUUUUCCAAGGUCCUGUGACCUUCCCAACUAACACAACACGACUGGGAACUAACUGUGACUUGUGACAAUAGUGAAAGAACAAGGUUUAGGGCUAUUAACUGUGCAAUUUAACUCAACUCUUAACAGUUCCAAACAAGAGCAAAAAGCAUUUUCUGUGUCCCAUUCCCCUGUAACUCUUGUGACCCCUCUUGUGUAUCUUAAACACUUAAUUGCCUUCCAUUGUAUUUUAUUCUGUUCUCUUUGGAACUGUUUGUUUUGUAUAUGAUUUCUAGUAAUUCACUCGUGUAUGUUCACACCACUUCUCUCCCUCACAAACAGCCAUGACUUAACACAUGACAAAAGUUCAAAAGGAAAUACACACUUCUGCUAGAGGCUGCCUUUAAAAAUGUAAGAAAAAACAAAAACAAACAAAAAAAAAUUACCCAGCCAA